AUGGCGGUGAUGUGCGUGGUGCAAUUUAAUCUGCCGGUCGGCCCCACACUCGGCAACUGUAGAGCACCGCACUCGAUAAUAUCCAACAACGCCUUGCCUCACUUGUAUGCUACUACUGCCUUCGGUUCGGGGAAUCGGUGCCAAUCUCCAUUCUCAAUCAAUCCCUUCGACAAGCCAAAACCUCGCAAACAGUCCACUCAGAAAAUCGAUUCAAAUCCCCAAUUUCUCUCUCUCUCUUGUCCAUUCAGCAAUGGUAAUACAACAAUCGAGCUCACAAUCCAUUACCUGAAACUUCGUAUAGCAAUGGUUUUAACCGACUUGGUUAGACGGAAGCUAGCUGCUCUGUUACGGCCAUGGCUGCGACAAGAACCGGAAUUGGAGCUGAAGCUAGGGUUUCUUCGCUCCAACGGAAUCGCGAAGGACCUAAGCUUCGACACUUCCUCCCUCAACCAGUCACUGGACGAGUCCACUCGGUUCUCUUUCAAAGAAAUCAAGGUCGAACAGUUGGCGCUAAACGUAUCCACUUGGUCGUUCCCUGCUUUCACUAUCUCAGUUCACGGCCUCCAUGUCACUCUAUCACUUUGGGAAGUGAAGCGGGACGGUGGGGUGGGACGGAGGCGGAAAUCGAAUGAUAAUUCUAUGGAGGAUAAGAAGAAGGUUCUAUCUGAAAUUGAUCCACAGGGGUGUGCUUUACAUGCAACUAUGGAAAAGAUUGCGGACACCAUUUCUUCAAGAAACUGGACCACUUCUUUCCUUAAUGCUAUACUUAAACAUUGUCGGUUGCAAAUUCAUGAUGUUCAUCUGCUGGUGCAGUCUUCCAUCGCAGAUGAACCCUUUUCAUGUUUUUCGAAGAUAAUGGAGAUUAAUGCAGAAUCUCAAUUUAUCAAGCAUGGAUGCAUACUUAAUGGAGUCAUCAGUUCAUGUUUUGUUCCUUGGAGUGAGAGCUCUUUAGUUUUUGAUAUCAGAGGUUUUGAAACUGGAUCGAAUUAUAAAGAUUGCAUCACCCACAUUGUUCCUUUAACAGACCUGGUGAUUUCCGUUGAAUUGAAAGAUCUUCAGCUUAAAAGCCUCAGUGUCUGUGUUCCAAAAUUAAAGCUCUUAUUUUCUCCAUCAGAUCUUUAUAUCAUACGAGCAUCUAAUGCAAUAUCAUCCAAAGAAGCCAACUCUCCAAGAAAUGGUAGGCUACUAUGGGAAAUAGCUGCUCGCAGAAUUAGUUCCCUGAUCUCUACUCCGAGAUAUUCGUUGGGAAAAGUAGUUGACAGUGUCUGCCUGUGGUUACGUUAUGUCCGUGCUUAUGAGAAUUUACUUGCACUAGUUGGAUAUCCUGUGGACAACAUGAUAAAAAAAUCUGCCAUCAUGAUGUCCAGGGACAAAAUUUUUUCAAGAUCUGUAAGGCACCACUGGGAAGAAAUUUCUGAAUUUGAGAAAAAACUGCCUGCAGAGGCCAUUGCACAGGCACGGCGAAUAAUUCGCUGCAGAGUGGCGUCAAAUGCUCAAUGGACUAAAGAUAGUGGUAACAAUCCACUCGUCAAUAAUCAAUUCAAAUUCUUCUGGAAGAUGCUUCACUUUCUGAUCUUUAUCUGGAGUAUUGUUUGCAUCGUAUUCAAGUCAAUUCUUCACUUUUUCUUUUUGCAAAGCUCUUUGGCUGACCAUCCAAAAUGUAAUUCCGGAGUUGUGUCUGAAGAUUCCUGCCCAAAGCAUUGUUUCUUUCUAAAUGUGGGAGAAUUUUUGAUCACCGUUAACCCAGCAAAUGCACUUCAGCCUCCUGUUGGUAGAAAACCAGUCUCAGGUAUUGGGAUCUCAUAUCCAGAUUUGCUUUCAUUUCGCCUUUCAGUAGAUGUGAUUUUGGUUGUUUCUUUUCUUAAAGAAUCCAAGAAGAAAGUUCAUGAUUCGCAGACCUCUUUAUGGGGUGAGCCUGCUCAAAUUAUAUACUCUACAAGUAGUGGAACCAGUUUUGCUAGUGGUACUGUAGGGACUUCUGUCCCAAUUUUGGAACGUCUUAUAGAAGAAAUGUUGUUUGAUUGGAAAGAAUUUUGCAACAAAAUUGAAGGAAGUAAGAUCCAGGAUUCUAAAAAUCCAUGCCUUAUGUUUGAGAUUAAAUACUCUUUGACAGAUCAAAGCCUCAAGGAUCUGAGCAUGGGGUUUUUAAAAUGCAGUUUGGCAGUAGAAAAAUUGAACUUCUUCUUGGGAUAUUCGUCAAUAGUAUCAAUAUCUGCACUUCUUAGACAGAUAAAACAUGCUCUUUGCUGGACGGACAGCGCCAUGGGGAAAAAAGUAGUUGUACAUACUUCAAUUACCACUGAGGAUCCACCAGUGCUGGUUAGGAAUGGCCAACGCAAGUCAUAUUUCAUUGGUACCGAAAUGGUUAUUCCUGGGAUGCUGCCAGAGAUGCAUAUUCAAGUUGGAGCACUCUUGGUGGGCCCUCACAUCCAAAUAUCCCUGAGAAAGGAGGGGUCUCAUACUGGGAAUGCAGAUCUGAAGCAGAAAGAUAGGCAGGAAUUGCACCUUUCAUUUGAUGUUCACAAUGUUGAAUUUGUUGUUUCACCAACUUCGAGAUCUGACUUUGCAGCAUUAGCUGGGGAGGAUCUUCAUUCAUUUGGUGCAACAGUUGUUGCUAUCUCUGCAGCUUUGCAUUCGAUGGCUACUGGAAUCACUAUAUUACUAUUUCUGGAUGAGUUGUUUGUUUUGGUCGAGGCAGUUUUUGGGUUAUGUUCUGCUGUUUCACAUCCGUUUACCACGUUUGAUUUAGCUGGUGUUGUAAAUUGUCAAGAAUUAAUCAGGCAAGAGGUGGUGUUUGUUGAUGUGGAAAGUGAGGGGUCAUUGCUUGGUGGAACACAAGGGGCAUCCUCGAUCUAUAUGAACACUAUAUUUGUUGCUAACAACAUUUCUGAGCUGAAGUCGUUGGAUAUAGUUCUUCAUAACUCCAGGAAAACCUAUAAUAUUGAGGAUUAUGUGAAAACGGUUGAUGGCGUGAGAAGCAAAAAAUUGGCCAUGCAUGAUCUACCUGAUUAUGGAAUUUGCAUUUUGGUUCAACAAUCAUUUAUGGACUUUUCCUUUAAAGAUGGGAAAGUGGAAGUUCUUAUUGAUGUUUCUGAAGUUCGGUCUGUUGUUUUUAGAUUUGUGAGUGAGGUGGCGAAAAGCUCUGGUGAAUUUGCACCCGAUCAAUUUCGACUUGAAAAUCUGCUGCUGCAUUCUCUCAAUUGCUUGUAUGAAGUGUCUAUUCCUCGUUGCACAUUUUCCUUGUGGUUAGGAUUGCUUCAGGAACCUUCUGGAAGUGUGAGCAAUGGGGUUGAUGCUUCUACUUCUGGUGGUAAAGUUUCGCACAUGGUAGAGGAUUCCCCACGGACAGUUGAUACCGAAAGAUAUGGGGUUCAAUCUUUCAGUUUUGGUCAGAAAUUGGGAUUCACAUCAAAUAUACUAGCUCCACCCUCAAGUCAUUGGUUACAUGUCAACAUUGCCCUGAGUGAAGUUUAUCUAGCAGGUUGCCCCGAAAAGAAUAUUCUGGUUGGAGCACAUAAUUUGAAUAAGCUUGAUGCAUCACUUUCUGUUGGGCGACAAUUUCAGGCAAUCUCGUGCCAAACUCAGGGUGGGGUUAUAUUCCUUGAAACCACAGCAUUGGUAAUAUUUGUACAUUGUUUUACUGCGUAUUGUCAAUGCAUCAAUAAUCUUCUUUUUGUUGCACCAUCAUCUGGGGAAGGCAUAGUGGCCGUACAUGGCAAGGAUCUCGCUACGAUGGGUAACUAUCCCACUCAAGAAACAACAAAAAAUAUACUUCAAGAAGUAAAGUGGGAGCAGUUGGUAGCAUUGACCAUUGAUCUUUCUCACCUUUCUUUUGUACUUGUGACCAGCGAUGAAUCUGGCAAGCUUCAGGAACUUCUGUUUGAGGCUGAUAUUCAUUUGAGCCUUGAAGUGGCAAACAUGAGAAGAAAAUUCUCAUUUGAUAUUUUGAAACUGUCGAUUCUUUCACAAGUCCUCCGUGAAACCAUGGAACAACGAACCAAGGAAAUUCAAACUCCUCACGUUUCUUCUGUCAUGACUAGUGGUUUGUCUGGUCAGUCUACAGAUGGAAAUUCCACUAUAGAAUUUGAGCAUAGGGAUAGGAUUCAUUCAGUUGAUAGUGCAAGUUGCUCAAGCACUUCUGUCUCCCAAAAGGAAUCUCAUGCGGAUAAUUUGAAAACUCAAGUCUUGCAUUUAAGUCCUCAAAACUACAUCUUAAAAGAGUUGAGCGCUUUUGUGGCAGUUGAGCAGCCCAUGGCAAGGGAUGUGAUUAGUCCCAUGCACAUAAAUCAGGCUUGGGUUGGCAGUGGUUCUAUCUCAGGUUUUGAUAUAACAGUCUCUCUGCCCGAAAUACAGGUCAGCCAUGUUACAGCGUCUUGUCACUCUUCUUUCUGA